AUGAGCACACCGAGGUCCAUAUAAGUGAGGUGACCUGUCCGUACCACCAACCAGUGGCAGAGUGGAAACUUGAACCCACAUGCUAUAGCGCAGUCGUUAAGCCCCGCCGGCUUCUCGCUCUCCUAAAUCUGGGGCCGCUUCCAGCCCUGGCGCCAGAACGCAGAGUCUCUGGUUCUGAGGUGCGCCCCUCCGGGUCUCGCAAGUGGCCGGACUCGAGGCUGCGGCCGUCAUUGCUUCUACAAUCAGUGCAUGUUCCUCGCUGACGUCAGUAGGAGCUGUCCGGGAGCUAUAUAAGGCUGGCGGCGGUCCCGGGACAGACCCCGUGUUCCCCAACGCGCCCUCAGCCCGCCCGGGGGACAGAGACUGGAGCGCCGUCCUGCAACGUGCAGACGCUCUCCGGCAACCUGGCCGGCGGCACCAUGAGGCAGGUGGGACACGCGGCGCUGCUGGCGGCGCUGCUGCUCCUGGCGGCGCUGCGCCCGGGGAGCAGCCAGUGGAGCCCGGAGGCGGCGGUCGCGGGGGUCCGGGACCCGAGUCUGCGCUGGAGCCCUGGGGCGCGGAACCAGGACGGCGGGGCCCGCGCGCUACUCUUGCUGCUGGCCGAGCGCUUCCCGCGCCGCGCGGGGCCGGGAGGAUGGGGACCCCGGACUGCGGGAGAGCGGCCGAGACGGGACGACCCUCCGCUAUCCAUUGACCUCACCUUCCACCUGCUGCGGACCCUGCUGGAGCUGGCGCGGACGCAGAGUCAGCGGGAGCGCGCCGAGCAGAACCGCAUUAUAUUCGAGUCCGUGGGCAAGUGAUCUUCGGGGGGGGGGGGGUCUGCGGCCACGAGAACCUCGACCCCCGUCUUCCACCCCCUGGGCCGGGACGUGCGCGACUGGAACUGACCCAGUCCCGCCGGGCUAUAGCGGCCCAGGGAUGCCCUGAGCACUCUGUGCGUCACCAGUUUUUAAUAAAAGUGCUGAAGAGCCUUUGGCCUCGGUUGUGGGGCGCAGGGAGCCACGGCAGGAUGGGAGCCCGGGGGAAAGUGCGGCCUCCUAUGCCGGCGGGAGGGAACCAGAUGCUGCAGGAGGGCUCCCGCAGAACGGCUUUCAGCCAGGGCCCCAUGUCCCCAUCGC